GAGCCGCGCUGGGAGAUGCUAGAGGGCGCCGCGCCGCCGGCACCAUGCGCCCCCCGCCCACGCUGGCCCUGGCCGCGCUCUGCCUCCUGGCGCUGCCCGCCGUCGCCGCCGCCGCCGCCUACUUCGGCCUGACUGGGCGGGAUGUCCUGACGCCCUUCCCGGGGCUGGGCACUGCGGCAGCCCCAGCGCAGAGCGGGGUCCACCUGAAGCAGUGCGACCUGCUGAAGCUGUCCCGAAGACAGAAGCAGCUUUGCCGGAGGGAGCCCGGCCUGGCCGAGACCCUGCGGGACGCAGCCCACCUGGGCCUGCUGGAGUGUCAGUUCCAGUUCCGGCAUGAGCGCUGGAACUGCAGCCUGGAGGGGAGGACCGGCCUGCUCAAGAGAGGUUUUAAGGAGACAGCCUUCCUGUAUGCAGUGUCCUCGGCUGCCCUCACCCAUGCACUGGCCCGGGCCUGCAGUGCCGGGCGCAUGGAGCGCUGCACCUGUGACGACUCCCCUGGCCUGGAGAGCCGGCAGGCCUGGCAGUGGGGUGUGUGUGGUGACAACCUCAAGUACAGCACCAAGUUCCUGAGCAACUUCCUGGGGCCCAAGAGAGGAAGCAAGGACCUGCGGGCACGAGCUGAUGCCCACAACACCCAUGUGGGCAUCAAGGCUGUGAAGAGCGGCCUCAGGACCACCUGUAAGUGCCACGGUGUGUCGGGCUCCUGCGCAGUGCGCACCUGCUGGAAGCAGCUCUCACCCUUUCGCGAGACGGGCCAGGUGCUGAAGCUGCGCUACGACUCAGCGGUCAAAGUGUCCAGCGCUACUAAUGAGGCGCUGGGCCGUCUGGAGCUGUGGGCACCUGCCAAGCCAGGCAGCCCCACCAAGGGCCUGGCGCCGCGGCCCGGGGACCUGGUGUACAUGGAGGACUCCCCCAGCUUCUGCCGGCCCAGCAAGUACUCACCAGGCACAGCGGGCAGGGUGUGCUCCAGGGAGGCCAGCUGUGGCAGCCUGUGCUGCGGGCGGGGCUAUGACACCCAGAGCCGCCUGGUGGCCUUCUCCUGCCACUGCCAGGUGCAGUGGUGCUGCUACGUGGAGUGCCAGCAGUGUGCGCAGCAGGAGCUCGUCUACACCUGUAAGCGCUAAGCCGCCCGGGAGCCGCCCGCCCUGCCAGGACCUCCCGCGGCCUGCUUGCACCGCGUGUGUGCACACCCCAUGCACACACCAGUGCACCCAGCGUGCUGCUCACCACUCCUCCCUCCAAGACCCUCGCCUCCCUCCACACUCAGCAGAGAGAAGCAACGCCUUGCCCCUGGACCCGAGGGUCCCGGACCUUGUUGAGAACCUGAAGCAGGAGGGAAGGGACAGGGAGGAAAACAGGGAGAGCAAGAGGAUGGCAGGAGUAGGUUAUCUGACCAUCUCAAUUCCCCGGAUGUGUGGCCUGGAGCCAUCCAGCAAACCACUGGGGGAACGCAGGGAAGGCAGUGCCCGCUGGAAGCACAGGUAGGCGUCUGUCUGGGAUGGGCCAGUCCAGUCCUCUGGCCCUGCUCAGAUUGCAGUCAGCUCUGGGUGCCUUAUGUUUGUACCCCACCAGUGGCUUUGCUGUGCUAGAGAUGGUGGUGGAAGCUACUUGCUUGGAGCAAGAAAAGCUUUCUGGGCUCCACUGGACCCAAGUUAGUUAGAUAUGUGACCCAGGUUUUUCAAAAAGGCCUGCACUGAGGCCUCAUGCUUGUCCCGACAGCUGAGUUACCCACAGCCGCCUGGCACUGCUCAGUUAGACCAGCAAGGCAGACAGCGUGUAGGAGAGCCUGUCCCAAGGUGGGACUCGGACAGUGCAGCUGAGACUGGACAGGGAGACAGUGACCCCUCCUCAUUUUCCUUGGGGGUCAAAGGAACCUUCAGUUGCAACCCAGAGGAGGGUGACAGCCUCCUGGUACCCAGUAGGGACAUGGAAGCUCAGUGUUCCAGCCUGACCUGGCAUACAUUCUGGUCAACUCCCUGUGGCUGGAGUUCUCUGGUCUAUGAGGCCCCCACACCUGCUGGUAUUUGUGACGCAGAACAACUGUUGGCUCCUGAGCUGGGAUUCAGGUUCCACUGCUACUCUUGUGGCUGCUUAUCUAAUGCAGGCUUUUGCCCUGGCAGAGACUUUGCUAAGCUUUGCUCCUCUCUUGGGCUCCUACCUGAGGAACAGAAGUGACUUUUCUAACGUCCUUGGGUCCUGUGGACCUUUCCAGGGCUACCUACCAAGGCCCUGUGUGGAAGGAGAGAAACCGGCUCGCGGCCCCGAGGCGUCUGACACUGGAGCCAGGCAGGGAGUCCCGUGGAGCAGCACGCAUCUCUUCUGCUGCAGGAUGAAGACCUCACAGGGGUCAUUUUGCUGAAGGCUGUGUGCUUUACCACAGUAGGGCCUGAGGCCAGCCAGAAGGAAGUGACCUCCUUCGGGAAGCCCUUGGACGCUUGGCCAGCCCCACCACGCCCCUCCUGUAAGCUUCCUCUCCCCCUGAACCCAGGGUUCCUGACCCUCUGCUGAAACAGGAAACUCCAGAAUCCACCAAGUGCUCAGAACCCUCAUCCAUGCCAGUUCCAGGAAAAAAGUCCCUUGGCUGGGCCCAGCAGCCUCCCCGAGACCUCCAGGGGCCUAGAGGAACCACCCUCUAGUGGCUCAGGGCAGCCUGGGGUUGCUGGAAGGAUCUUUGAUGGCAGAGGCUCCAAUAACAAGUCAAACUGACUGAGACCCCUCACUAGAUCGACUUUGCUGACCCACACAGCUGUCCCACAUCUUGGCAGGAGGAGGAAAAAAACAGCCGAGGGCCCACUUUCUAGCUUUUUCUACGUCCCUGCUGUAUUGAGACUGUUCUCAGCCCAUCUGUCUUGCUCCCCUGUGACCCCAGCUCUGCCUCCCCCCUGGCUCAGCCUUGGGCAUGAGGCAGCAGAAGCUGCACUGAAUGGAAGAGGGACUUGGGAACAACCUGGGGCCCAGGGCUCCCUGACCUACCAUCCCACCAUCUGGACCCCAACUCUGUGGCUGUCAGGGCUGGGGUUGCAGGAGGAUAAAGGGUGGACUCAGAGGACCUCAGCCAAGGCUGGCCACUUGACACCACACUGACCCCCCAGGUCAUGGGUCUGGGUGCAGACUCUGAGGCACCUCAGUUGUGGGGGCCUCUCUUGCAGCCCUCUCCCUCCCUUCCUGUCCCUUUCUUUUUCAGUUACCCAGAGAGAUCCACCUCAGCCCUGUUGGGGUCCUCAAGGACGAGAGCAGCCACUAUCCCCUCCUUCUCCAGCUUUAAGAGAAAAGCUCACAGGGUAUUUUUGUCUACCUCACAUAUAUAAAGUUUUUAGAGCAAAAGAGAAUAAUUUAUAUAGCUAAGAUAUAUGGGAAAGUAUUUAUGUUAUUUAUAUAGUUUCUCUAUUUCAUGAGCAGCAUAUAUGAGUUUGUGCUUCCCCAGAAACCCUCUGUCUUGGGAUAUAUGGCCCAGCCUGACUGGGGCCCCCCAUUCAACUGGACACCAGGUGGCCAGGAAGUCAUGAAAGCCUGUGUCCUAUGACCAUGACGGUCUGUCUUGGAGCUGGUGAGCCUUCGUCCCCUCUGUGAAGAGUCCUGCCGGGCUUGAUCUGGAUCCUCCUUGAGAUGUCUUUGUGGGUUCUCUGCCCUUCUGGGUCCCAGAACCCCUUCCUCUGCUCCAGCAAUGGUGUUCUGUUCAUAAUAAUAACGACGAGGAUGAUGAUACCUGGCGUUUGUGAAGCACUUUCAAUUUUCAGAAACACUCUGUCUCCUUGAUCUCACUUGCUUCCUUCAUUAUCCCUGGGAGGUAGAUGGGCCCACAUUACUGUGCCCAUUUUCUAGAUGAGGCACAUCUUCAUUUUCCAGAAGAGACUUGUUCAGUGACAUGUAGUGAACGUCUACCUGGGCCAGACACUGUGGGAGCCGACUUACCCUGAGCUUGGGCCCCAAAGUCUAGAGCCAUCCUGAGCCCAAGGACUCAGGGAAGUGACCUCUUUCCUGGCCUCUUGGAUCUGGAUGGUAGGUCAGCAUUUCCUCCAAGUUGAGUCCCAUGGCUCAAAGACUGGGACUGCCCAAGAGGCCUGCAGAGACGAGGUCCCCAAGGUGGUCAUUCCAGGGGGACCUUCUGCUCAUUGCCCUAGAAGGUCAGGCUACACCACUGGGCCCCUCCUGGCCCACAGAUGUGUUCUGUUUGCUCUCAUUUGUGUUUUUCCUUUAAAAAGGAAUUGCUUUCUGGAUUUUUCUUGAAUAAUCAGUUACACUGGGCAAACUAGGCCUGCAUUCCCUCCUGGCUGCAGGGAACCAGCACAAGGGACCCCUAUUAGACAGGAUGCAUUAGGGGUCCCCAACUUGCAACGCUUCCUGUCCCAGCCUUCCUCAUUCAUGGAUGCCUGACUCGCGUGAGCAGAGUCUGUUCCUGGCCUAGAUAAGACCAGCAACCCUGCAUCCUUGUUGCCUGUCAGACGAAGGACACACAGACCUACACCAACCCUGGGGAUUAUUUCUUGCCCUUUAAAGUUUCCUUUCCCAACGACCAUGAACCUCCAAAGCUUUUUAUCCCAACACAUUUUAGAAUUAUGAUGGGAAUUAGCGUUUAUCGAGUGCUUGAUGGAUUCAUCCUUUCAAGCAGCCAUUCUUUAGGGAGCUCCUACUGAAUGCAAGGUGCCACCCUAGGAGCUAGGGUGCAGCAGUGUAUGAGACCAAGUCCCAGCCGUAUGGGGCUGACAUCCUGGUGGGGAAGAAAGACAAUAAACCAAUAAACUACA